ACGCGUAGUUGCCAUGUGGGUGCAGAUUCAUAGCAUUCAUCAAAAUCAGAGGAGCGAGGAGAACAUGGUGGCGAUAGGUACUCAUUACUUUCCAGGGAUGCUCGAUCUAGACAGAGCUAGCUUGGCUUUCACCGGGUACAGGAAGUUCCUAAGGAUUCUGGUGGAGGUCGACAUUGAAGAACCAGUAACGAUCGGUUUCGACUUCCCAUUCAUAGACGAAACCACGGGAGACGAGCACUGUGAUGUGAUCGAGUUCAAGUAUGAGAGGUUGGUGGAGCUGUGCUAUUCCUGUGGAAGAGUUGGCCACAAUUGGUCGACGUGUUGGAGGAUGAACGAAGAAAGGAAGAGGAAUGGAGUAGCGCACCUGUCGGAGGUCUACAACUCGUCUCUCAAGGCAAGUAUCGAUUCGCCCCAUAGACUCCAAUCAAGCAACUACAGAAGCAGCAGGGAAGGGGAAGGGUCACAGAGCUAUUCGACAAGCAGGGAGAAAGCGAGCUCGGGAAGCCAAAGUAGACUGGAAGGGGCUGAGGGAAGAGCUUCGGCCGACUCGGAGGGCAGAAUCUCAAAAGGGAAUGUUCAAAUUCCUCCAGGGUUUACGGUGAGAAGGCUGGAACAGGAGGUCUAAGGCGAGGAGGAACAAGGAUCGAUGGGAAGGUGGAGAGGGAGAUACAGAGAAGAGAGGGGGGCGACUAACCUGAAUAUGGAGAUGGACACGGCGGCGGCGGCGAUGGAGGUAGGGCUUCGGUUGGAGGAGGUGAGGGCUGAUCAGGAGGUGGGGUGGAGUCCAGUGAGGGUGGAGACAACUUUGUCUCUUGGGCCAACCCAACCAAUAAUUCCAGCCCAAUGCCCACCACAAGCAGGACCAAAUGGGAUUAAUGAGUAUCAGCAUAUCCAAGAUGGAAGGGAAGAGGAGUUGGGCCGAAAGCAAAAGAAAAGGAAGGGAAUGUG